GCUAACCAAAUCCUGACGCUUAGCCCUCCCCUCAUUGUUUUACUGAAUAGGAGGAGGAUACAACACUACAUGUAAUAUUUGCUCACGGCAAACAGAAAGCGAAGAGCACAGACUCUAUGUGAGCUGUUUUGUUGUUGAACGACGCAUUAAAAGCGACUAAUGUGGUACGGGUGGUAUAACGUAAAAGUACUAGCAGCCUGCUAGCGCUUCAUAUAUGUGUUUGUAUGUGUGUAUGUGUGUGUGAACCCGGGACGCGCAGAGGCUUUUUUUUUUUUUUUUACUCAAUAACACUACGAAAGAAAAGUACGAGAGAUUUUGCUCGGCUAAGCAAAUACCAAGAGUCGCUGGCUUGGAUUUUGGCUCGUUUUAUGAGCAAGAAGAGAAGAGAGGAGUAGUAAACUUGACUCAGGAAUGACGGACAUCGCUGCAGUGUCGCCACAUUCAUAUAGGUCUGAUUGAGCGCAGCCGUGAGCUACUCAGUGUGUCGACGCUCAGACGGAAUGAUCCAGCAGGGUGACUAAGAGGAGGAAGAAGGGGGGAGAGGAUGGGUGUGAAUGCCUCCAGCUACCCUCACUCGUGCUCCCCUCGAUUCGGGGGUAACCCACAGACCCAGCAGACCUUCAUAGGCGCCUCCUAUGCACCACAGGGUUAUGGCGGCGAGUCCAAGCUCUACAGCCUAGAACAUGGCCCUGAAAAACCUCAGGACAAGAAGAAAAAGAGCUCUAGUUUGGCCACGCUCAAGAGGAGAUUCAUUAAGCGACGCAAAUCCAGUCGGUCUGCCGAUCAUGCGCGACAGAUGCGCGAGCUCCUCUCGGGUUGGGACGUGCGCGACGUCAAUGCCCUGGUGGAGGAGUAUGAGGGCACGGCAGCACUCAAAGAGCUCAGUCUGCAGGCGGGCCUGGCCCGGCCCGAGGCUCGCACCCUGCAGCGUGAUUUAGCCACCCUUUAUCAGCACAAGUACUGCACUGAUGUGGACCUGAUCUUCCAGGAUUCCUGCUUCCCAGCACACCGUGCCAUUCUGGCUGCUCGCUGCCCGUUCUUCAAGACCCUGCUUUCGUCAUCGCCGGGUUACGGGGCCGAGGUGUUGUUAGACGUUGGGACGGUGGGCAUGGAUGCACCCAUGUUCUCCUCGUUGCUGCAUUAUCUCUAUACAGGUGAGCUGGGCUCAGAGGACGCGAGGUUGCAGAAUGUGGAUGUGCUGGUCAGACUGAGCGAGGAGUUCGGUACGCCCAACUCCUUAGAAGCCGACAUGCGAAACCUCUGUGAGCACAUGCCGUAUUUUGACUCGCUGCUGAGCUUCUCCUCAGACUCUGAGCUGGUGGAGGCUUUCGGAGCAGGUGGACCUGCUCCUAGUGGCGCAGGAGUUGGAAACGCAGGGGUGAACCAUAGCUCGCCUGAUGAGGAGCUAAGGGCCCACAAGGCCGUGCUCUCGGCACGCUCGCCCUUCUUCCGCAACCUGCUGCAACGACGCAUCCGCUCGGGUGAGGAGAUCACAGAGCGAACUCUGCAAACCCCUACCCGUAUUAUCCUCGACGAAUCCAUCAUUCCGAAGAAAUACGCCCAUGUGGUCUUGCACUGCAUGUACACCGAUGCGGUGGACCUUUCUCUGGUGCUGCGCGGGAGCCCUUCCGAAGGCAGUCUGGGUGAAGUUCAGGCGCUGGUGGCUGGAAGAGGGUGCAUGAGUCGGGCCGAAGAAGCCAUGGAGCUCUACCACAUCGCCCUCUUCUUGGAGUUCAGCAUGCUGGCUCAGGGCUGUGAAGACAUUGUGGCAGACAGCAUCUCUCUGGACUCUGUGGUGGCCAUCCUGAAGUGGAGCUCACAGCCAUAUGGCUCCAAAUGGGUUCAUCGGCAGGCCAUGCACUUCCUGUGCGAGGAGUCCAGCCAGGUCAUGACCUCCGACGUCCUCUACGAGCUUAGCAAGGAGCACCUGCUGGCGGCCAUUCAGUCUGAUUACCUGCAGGCCAGUGAACAGGACAUCCUCAAGUAUGUUAUAAAGUGGGGCGAACACCAGCUCAUCAAGAGGAUGGCCGAUAGAGAGCCUAACCUGUUAAGUGGUACUGCACAUAGUGUGAAUAAACGUGGCGUGAAAAGAAGGGAUCUGGACCUGGAAGAGCUUAAAGAGAUUCUCUCUCCACUGCUGCCUUUCGUCAGAACUGAGCACAUAUUACCAACCAACAGUGAGGUCCUCUCUGACACUAUGAAGAGGGGUCUGAUCAGCACCCCCCCCUCUGACAUGCUGCCCACAGCGGAGGGAGGCAAAGCCAACGCCUGGCUUCGGCAGAAGAGUGCUGGCAUUUAUGUCCGCCCACGGUUAUUCUCUCCUUAUGUGGAGGAGGCCAAGGCGGUUUUGGAGGAGAUGAUGGUUGAGCAGACUGACCUGGUUAGGCUGCGCAUGGUUCGUAUGUCCAAUGUACCGGACACACUCUACAUGGUAAACAAUGCCGUCCCCCAGUGUUGUCACAUGAUCAACCACCAGCAAAUGGCUGGCAGCCAGACAGCUCCACCGUCUGUGGUUGCUAACGAAAUACCAGUGCCCAGGUUGGCAGUAGUGAAGGGAAUGAUCCGUAGGCUGCAGGAGCUGCGUCACACAGACCAGGUGCAGCGAGCAUAUGCUCUGAACUGUGGUGAGGGCGCCACAGUCAGCUACGAGCUGCAGAUCCGUGUGCUCAGAGAGUUUGGCCUACCUGAUGGGGCUGCAGAACUCCUACAGAAUCCGCACAAAUUCUUUCCCGAGGAGCGUUUUGGAGACGAGAGUCCCGUCCUGGCCUUGCGCCAGUCAGGUCGCUGCCGGGUCAACAGUACACCAGCUGUGGAGAGCAUGUUCACUGACCUGGAGGCUCUGGUGGGCUUCCACCCCCCUCUGCCACCUCCUCCUCCACCCUAUCAUCCCCCGACCACCCCGGGCCAUAGCCAGCAGCAGUAUAAAACGGGCUGGAGACCUCGGGUCCCCACCCAACCUCCCUCCAGAUCUUUCUCCUACCCCUGCAAUCAUGCACUCCUUCACAGGCAGCCCUCUUCAAAGAUGGGCAGCCCAGUCUACCCACCAGGAGCCAAGCCCCUGCCCCCAGACUGCACUAAUGCACAGGGGGGGAGAAAUCUUCAUCCUGACAAGAAAAUGAACAUGGAGCCUGUUAUCAACGAGUUCAUGCCAGACAUCGCCAUGGGUGUUUCGGCAAUGAGCCUGAAGGAGCGGCGCCUUCCUGAGGUCUCCAUGGAGUUGGAGAGUCACGAAGCCCACCCUCACCUUUCUACAGCUCCUCCCAUGUCCCACAGCUACUCCAGUCGUCACCCGCACUCCUCCCGCAAGCGGCACGCAGCCGAACCCAAGCCUGAGGGCCCACAGCCUGACUUCCCAGAUCUCUACGAGUUCCCAGGCCGUCGUGUGCCUCCCUACAGCGGACCGGACCUCUAUAUCCACGGCCGUCAGGCAGGUGGUGGAGCGCCACCUCCGUCCUACUCCGAGGCUUCAGAAUCCCUCCGCCUGGAUGUGCUGGAACAGCCUCCGCAGAGACUAGACUUGGCAAUCGUCUCGCAAGGGGGCGUUGCACAAGCCGUGCAGAGGUCAUGGCCCAUAAACGAGACGGACCUCACCUGUGGGCUUGGCCCCUCCACAGAACAGUAUGAGGAAUGGCCCACGGGCCGCCGGCCUGCUCCAGAAGGAAUGGGGCUGGGCUUAGGGGCUAACGUUGGGUCUGGGGACGAGGGGGGCUUGGGUGCUCGAGACCGCAGGUCACCCAGCAAACCCGAAUACCCCUACAGGAAGUCUGCUCUCUGACCCCUGAUUAAAAAGAGACUGACGACUGAUUUAAAUGCUAAGUGUAAGCUAACAGGUGAGGCACCAGCAGUCCUGCACUUCGUGUUCUUUUGAGGGCCGACAGUAUCUUGAAGUGAUGAACGCCCAUAAGCUGCGCGAGUGGCUGCUUUUCUGAAGGCUAAAGGGAGAUCUGGAUAGGUUUGAAACCCAGUGAGGAGAGCUUGGUUUGGUUGUGUGCACCCUGAAAAGAGGUCAAAAAUGCAAAAUAUUUUAAUCUGAGAGAUCCUUAGAUUUAUGUACAGGAUAUUAAUGUACAAGUAUCACAGUGUAUUUCUUUUACUUUCAUUUUCCUGAACAAACUAUGUUGACUGGAGAAAUAUACAUUCUAUAUGCAUUUCGUUUCUUUGGAGUAAAUUGGAAAAAUAUGAAGGCAAUAAGUUGCAAACUCAUUACUUUGUCUAGUCCUUGACAAACGGCUCCUUCUUCUUUUAAGGGCAGAGUGGCAGUAAUAGCUCAUGUAAUCUGCCGCAUACGCCGGCUUUUACAUUAGCCUGUGCAAUUUAAGAACCGAGAUGGAACAUAAAAGGGAAAACAAAUGAAAUCCCCUGUCUCCUAUGAGGCAACUUAUCAGGCAUAACAAUGGCACAGAUGCACCAUUAAAUGUGAAUAGGGCUUUGUUUUAGCGUGUUUCACAACACAGAUCUGCAGAUUCAUUCCACUAUAUUUAACUUUAAAAACUAUCUGUUCUCUCAAACAAAAAUUUGGCAUCCUCUUUUGCAUUCAGAUUCUCAUUCCAAGGCUGCAGUUGGUGGCAUUCCUGAGAGAUGGCAAAAAUGGGUUGAUCAUUAUCAGCCACGUUCUCCAGAACUGUACAGGAUGCUCAACCAAACCAACCUCACGCCACAUCCUCAGUCCUCUGGUUCAGUAGGACGGCAGCAGCCCAUGGUCGGGAGUUCAUUAGCUUUUCUGUGCUAGUUCUGUCAGCAACAAUUAUGAUGUCAUGAACAGGCUUUGCAAAAAAGAGAAUUCUUGGAAGUGUCAUGGAUUUAGACACAAGUAUUUACUUUUGAUUUGCUACACAACACUUUAAGAAACAAUAUCAUACACACUGCUGCAAACCCUACCUAUAGAUGAAGUGACUUAUUUUAAGCUCGUUUUUUAGCAUCCGAAAUACCUGUAUUCUUAAAUAACUGUGCAAUAGUGCAGCUUUUUCAUUUUAAAUAUUCAUUUUGCUUUCUUCUCCUUACAAUAAAAACCUUUCUCAGAUAAUACUGGCACGGUAAAUAUGCAGGCUAGUUCACUCAAAAAUGCAAAUUGUGUCCUCAUUUACUCAACAUCAUGUCGUUC